CUCAGUAGCGUCGCAGUAAAAUUAACAAAGAAGUUUAACAAGAUAAUUAAAUUGCUCUUAUUUAAUUCAUGCUAACUCUGGGUGAGCAACUCCAGCCUCUAUAUUCCUAGUUUGUUCUGAAAUGUCGCUAAUCGGUUCACGAGCGAAUGUUAGCCGGCUGGUUGGCGGUGCUAACAGAAAAUGCUAACGAAAUGAAACUGUUCCGGUCUGAAGUCUGUGGCAGCUUCAUCCACAUACAGAUAUUAAUAGAGUUAAAAAUAUUUUUUUAAAAGCUCAAAACAAUCGAGAGAAAUCUUUCUGAAAAGUCGUUUGUGUGCAUUUAGUCGAUUCCACCACUAGGUGGCAGCAUCCGUCAGUCACUUCCGUUAUCAGCAGCCUCACCGCAGUUUGUCAUGAUAUUAAUGAGAAUAUAACAAAUUAUAAAGGAAAAUUUGGUGGAAGGUUGACCUUUUCCUGGAUGGACACAUUCUAAAUUAAUGGAUCAGGUUCUGCUUCUGCUCACGGUCGUUUUUGGCUCUGAUAUAUGGAGAGAAGUUCCUCAAAAAAAGGCGACAGGUGACAAGAAAUGAAACUUUGAUGUACCAGAGGCUCACGCUGCAGUGAAACCCAACCGGCUCUGAAAUUCCUGCUUCUGCAAAAAAAAAAAAAAAAAAAAAAAAAAACAACCCAGAAACUUCGCUGCAGUAAAAUCAGAACAUGUUUGAAAACUGGGACAGAAAUGUCUCAAUUAACGCCGAGUUUCCCCCUUCAGACAUUUCUCGUCCUGCCGCAGCCAACAGCUUUAGGAACAGAAGCUGCAGCCUGGACUCACUUGCCGCUCACCUGCACAUCCACCCACUGCCGAGACUCAGUGGGGGGUUCGUAGUGACACCCUGAAAUAAAAAAAACAACAACAACCGGGGGAAAACAUCUGGUUCCCUUUCACUGCUGACGUUUCAUCCGACUAACUUCCUCAUUUGCUGAAACAAGAACGAAAACCGAAGAGCCGCAGAAACGCUGCCGACGAGAGGCAGCGCGACCCGGCUCACCUGCUCCUCCAGCUCCCGGUGAAGCAGCCCGGCCCGGAGCGCCUCCGGACCGGUUCGGAUCAGGAAGAGGAGCGGGUCGGACUCCAGCGCCAGCAUGCUGCGGCAGUCUCUCAGCAUCCUGAAGCAGUUCGGAUCGGCAGCAAGGUCGCAGGAUGCCACUGAUCUCCUACAUCAGGAUCUGGUGCAGGUGGAGCAGCGGGUGGAGCCGGCCAAGAAGGCGGCGCAGGUCCUGCAUAAGAAGCUGCAGGCCUGCAUGCAGAGUCCUGUAGGACUGGAGGCCGAACGGAGAAUGAAGAAACUUCCUCUGAUGCUGCUGUCCAUCAGCAUGGCGGAGAGCCUGAAGGACUUUGAUGCUCAGUCCUCCAUCAGGCGGGUGCUGGAGAUGUGCUGCUUCAUGGAGAAGAUGCUGGCCACCAUGUUGGCCGACUUCGAGCUGACGGUGGAGAAGGAAGUCCUGGAGCCGCUCAACAAGCUGAGCGAGGAGGAUUUACCUGAAAUCCUGAAGAACAAGAAGCAGUUUGCGAAGCUCACUACAGACUGGAACAACGCGCGGGUCAGGAGCCAGGCGAGCAGCGGGCCGCAGGCCAAGCAGGACGGACUCAGGGAGGAGGUGGAAGAAGCCUGGAGGAAGCUGGAGAGCAUCAAGGACCAGUACUCUGCAGACCUGUAUCACUUUGCCACUAAAGAAGAUGACUAUGCUAACUACUUCAUCCGUCUUCUGGAACUGCAGGCGGAUUAUCACAAGAAAUCCCACGAGUUCCUGGACAGAAACAUCAGCGAGCUCAAAGAGAACCACAGCCAGAAAGAUCCGGCGGUGGGUCUCUCCAGCCUGAAGGUUUACGGCGAGCCGCUGCUGUCUCAUUUGAGCCAGAGCGGCAGGGCGAUCGCGGCGCCCAUCCAGGAGUGCAUCCACAUGCUGCUGAGGACGGCCAUGAGGGAGGAGGGCCUGUUUCGUCUGGCGGCCGCCGCCUCGGUGGUGAAGCGGCUGAAAACCUGCCUGAACCAGGGAGCGGUGGACCACGCCGACUUCAGCAUGGACCCCCACGCCGUCGCAGGAGCCUUGAAGUCUUACCUCCGGGAACUCCCUGAACCCCUGAUGACCUUUGAACUGUACAAUGAUUGGUUUGCAGCUGCAGGAGAAAAAGAUCUGAAUGUGAAGCUGGAGAAGUUCAGGGAGCUGCUGCAGAAACUACCGCCAGAAAACUACAACAACCUCAGGUACCUGGUCCAGUUCCUGUUCCUGCUGUCGGAGCAGCAGGCCGUCAACAAGAUGACUCCCAGCAACAUCGCCAUCGUCCUGGGCCCCAACCUGCUGUGGCCGCGCGCUGAAGGGGAAGCUGCUCUGUUCGACAUGGCUGCAGCAUCUUCGGUCCAGGUGGUGAUGGUCAUCGAGCCGCUAAUUCAGUUCAGCUCCAGUCUCUUCCCAGAAGCUGUUGACUUUGAGAUCCCUGAGCUUCCUGACGUCUCAGACGCUCCAGCUCCUGCUGCCCAGACCUUCUUCUCAGAGAAGGACCGACUGAGCAGAACCGUGUCCUCCUCUUCGUCCACGUCCUCCUGCUCCUCCUUCCACCUCCCCCUGUCCAAAACAAACAGCACGGCUUCUCAGGACAGCGGCUCCGUCUUCCGGGCUAAAUCCGGUUCUGUUGGCAGCCGCAGCGGCACCACCACCUGGGGAAGCCCCGCCUCUGACCCGGCAGAGGCCAAUCAGAACGCAGCAUCCAGCAGUUCGUCCGAGUCCAGCACAGCUCCAGCUCCAGCUCCCAGGCCGUCCUGUGGAUCCGGAUCCACUGCGGACCGGAUCCCGACUCCGUCUCCCAGGGCGACGGCGCCAAGCCCGGCCGCGCCGAUGAGGAAUCUCACCCAGCGGCAGAGUUUGGACCAGACCCAGCUGGAGCCCAUUCUGGAGGCGCCGCCUGAUUCUCCCAAGGCGAUUCUGACGAUAUCAUCACCGUACAAACCGAAGCGAACCUUCAACCUGACCAAAACCAGUCAGACCAGUGAGCCGGUGGGAUCGGUCCAGUUCUCCAAACCCAAAGCACCGGACCCGCCCAAGGCUCAGGCUCCGCCCCCUAUGACCUCAGCCCCGGCCGCUGCCGCCACGCCGAUGCCGGGCCCUCCGCCCACCAGCGUGAAAAAGCCUCCACCAAAAAAGGGCGGAGUCAGAGCGCCGAGCUGCCCGCCGCCUCUCCCUCCGCCGUCGCAGCCCAAACCGUUUCCCUCCGUGGCGCAGUGAGGCGCCAUCGCACUCUGGCCCACUUCCACAUCACUCCACUGAUUGUAACGUUUUCGUCCCCAAACACGUCAUUUAUUUAUUGUUUAUUUGGUCCGAGUCUCUGCAGACCUGGAAGCAGCUGUUGGUGUUAAACUGAUAAAAUCAUCCAGUUUUACUAAAAACAUGUCAAUGAAUGCAAAUCUAAUUAAAAAUGUCUUUAUUGUUCAUUCAUAUAAUCAUCUUUUAUAACUGAAGCUGCGUAGCGGCACUGCAGGUGCUCUUACAUAUUCAUAGGUCAGCUAAUAUCUUCAUGUACAGGAAUGUAAUAAACGACGUAUAAACUC